GGAGAAGGGGCUGGGGCGGGGAGGGAGCUAAUAAAGAGUGAAUGAGCGGCAGCCGCUGUGGCGGCCGGAGUCAGCCAGAGCAGCACCGGAGCCGUGCGCCCGGGAGGCGGCGAGGGGAGGCGGUUCGCCUUGUCCCUCCUACCCGCCCCUCUUUCUCUCUCUUCCUCCAGCUGGUCCCAGAACCCUGCUGGGUCCGGUCCCUCUGCCCCCAUCCCGCAUUCUUCCACCUCCUCCGAGUCCCACUCCUCACCUAGGGCGCCCCGAACUGCCAUGGGUUAGGGUGGGGGCCGCAGCCGCGCGAAGGACCAGCCCUGUGCAUCCGCCGGGGGGCGCGAAGCCCGAAAGACGCCAGCCGCUCGCGGGCGCCCGGCAUGGGGAGCGUGGUGUGAGCCCGCACCCAGAGAGGACGCAGCGGCUGCGGAGACGGGCGCGAGGAGGAGGAGGAGAGCGGUGGACUGCAAGGACUCGAGGGAGGAAGGGAGGGACAAGAGGGUGGGGAGCUAGGAAAAAGUGAAGCUGGGAGGAGAAGGCGGCGGAAGGUGGGGAUUGAUGCUUCUGUUUUUUGUUGCCGCUGCUGCCCUCGCGCUGGGAGCCGAGCCGGAGGGAAGGCGGUGGAGAGAUGAUUGCAGAGUUGGUGAGCAGCGCUCUGGGGCUCGCCUUGUAUCUCAACACCUUGAGUGCGGAUUUCUGCUAUGAUGACAGCCGUGCUAUCAAGACUAAUCAAGACCUUCUCCCCGAAACUCCAUGGACACACAUUUUCUACAAUGAUUUUUGGGGGACUCUUCUAACCCACAGCGGCAGCCACAAAUCCUACCGGCCCCUGUGCACUCUUUCUUUUCGCCUGAACCACGCCGUCGGAGGCCUGAAUCCUUGGAGUUAUCACUUGGUCAAUGUCCUGCUGCACGCGGCCGUCACAGGUGUCUUCACGAGCUUCUCCAAGAUCCUCCUAGGGGACGGAUACUGGACCUUCAUGGCCGGCUUGAUGUUUGCUUCUCACCCCAUUCACACGGAGGCAGUGGCGGGAAUCGUGGGCAGGGCCGACGUCGGGGCCAGUCUCUUCUUUCUCCUGUCCUUGCUGUGCUACAUGAAACACUGUUCUACGAGAGGCUACUCAGCCCGGACUUGGGGCUGGUUCCUGGGGACGGGACUGUGCGCGGGCUGCAGCAUGCUGUGGAAGGAACAAGGAGUGACGGUGCUCGCCGUGUCCGCAGUUUAUGACGUCUUUGUCUUUCACAGGCUGAAAAUGAAACAGAUCUUACCUGCCAUCUAUAAAAGGAAGAACUUGUCUCUUUUCCUCAGCAUUAGUUUGUUAACUUUCUGGGGGACUUCCCUUUUGGGUGCCCGUUUGUACUGGAUGGGAAACAAACCACCAAGCUUUUCCAACUCUGACAACCCAGCUGCGGAUUCGGAUAGCCUGUUGGCUCGAACGCUCACUUUCUUCUACUUGCCAACCAAGAACCUCUGGCUGUUGCUAUGCCCAGACACCCUCAGUUUUGAUUGGUCAAUGGAUGCUGUGCCUCUGCUCAAAACGGUUUUUGAUUGGAGAAACCUACACACUGUGGCCUUCUACAUUGGACUCCUCCUCCUUGCCUACUAUGGCUUGAAGAGCCCAAGCGUGGAAAGAGAAUGCAAUGGGAAAUUUGUAACAAAUGGCAAGCAGAAUGCAAAUGGACAUAGCUGCCAUUCAGAUGUGGAGUACCGGAACUCAGAGAUUAAGCCCAGCUUUGCAUCCAAAGUAGAAAAUGGCAUUAAAAAUCAUGCAUCACAGAGAACACAACUUCCUUCUACGGAGAACAUUGUUGUUCUUUCUUUAUCUUUGCUAAUAAUACCCUUUGUUCCUGCCACGAACCUGUUUUUCUAUGUCGGCUUUGUAAUUGCAGAGCGAGUAUUGUAUAUUCCUAGUAUGGGCUUCUGCCUCCUCAUUACAGUGGGUGCCAGAGCCCUUUAUGUCAAGGUCCAAAAGCGAUUUCUCAAGAGCUUGAUUUUUUAUGCCACAGCUACGUUAAUUGUUUUCUAUGGACUCAAGACUGCGAUCAGGAAUGGAGACUGGCAGAAUGAGGAAAUGCUGUAUAGGUCAGGGAUAAAAGUUAACCCAGCUAAAGCAUGGGGUAACCUUGGAAAUGUUCUGAAGAGUCAGAGCAAAAUUUCUGAAGCUGAAAGCGCCUAUAGAAAUGCUUUGUACUACCGCAGCAACAUGGCUGACAUGCUUUAUAAUUUAGGGUUACUUCUACAGGAGAACAGCAGGUUUGCGGAAGCAUUACAUUAUUACAAAUUGGCGAUCGGAAGCAGGCCUACCCUGGCUUCUGCAUAUUUAAACACCGGUAUUAUUCUCAUGAACCAAGGAAAGAUAGAAGAAGCUCGACGCACGUUCCUCAAGUGUUCUGAGAUCCCUGAUGAAAACCUAAAGGAUCCUCAUGCACAUAAGAGCUCAGUUACCAGCUGUCUCUACAACCUGGGCAAACUCUAUCAUGAACAGGGACACUAUGAGGAUGCCCUUAGUGUAUACAAGGAAGCAAUUCAGAAAAUGCCGAGGCAGUUUGCUCCACAGAGCUUGUACAACAUGAUGGGUGAAGCGUACAUGCGAUUAAGCAAACUCCCUGAAGCAGAGCAUUGGUAUAUGGAAUCGUUGAGAUCUAAGACGGACCACAUCCCUGCUCACCUUACCUAUGGGAAACUGCUAGCUCUAACAGGUCGUAAGAGUGAGGCUGAAAAAUUCUUCUUGAAGGCUAUUGAGCUGGAUCCCACGAAAGGAAACUGUUACAUGCAUUAUGGUCAGUUUCUUCUGGAAGAAGCCCGCCUCAUAGAAGCAGCUGAGAUGGCGAAGAAAGCCGCUGAAUUGGACAGCACAGAGUUUGAUGUGGUCUUCAGUGCUGCGCACAUGCUCAGACAGGCCAGCCUCAAUGAAGCAGCCGAGAAAUAUUAUGAUCUGGCAGCCAGACUGAGACCUAAUUAUCCGGCAGCUCUGAUGAACCUGGGGGCUAUUCUCCAUCUCAAUGGCCGGCUGCAAAAGGCUGAGGCCAACUACCUGCGGGCGCUGCAGCUCAAGCCAGAUGACGUCAUCACGCAGUCCAAUCUCCGCAAACUGUGGAAUAUCAUGGAGAAGCAAGGUUUAAAGACUUCCAAGACUUGACACUGGAGGGCAGUACCUCGCCCUCCUCCAUAUUAGGAAGCUGGCUUCAAGAAUGAACAGAACUUCCCAGCAGUGCUAUGACAAGAGCUAGUAUGGACUUCAAGACGGGGGCAGAGGUCACUGAGGUCACUGCCAGUAUUCACUUCGUUGUUGGCACAGCCAUUAACACCAAAAAGGGGAACAUUGGAAACCUCCUGAAGGAUGUAAUUGUUACCCAUAAACUAUAAACCAGAGCACUUAAAACAGGAUCUUAUGGCAUUGGUAGGGUGGGGGAGGGCGGGGUGGGGGGAGGGAAUCUAAGUUACAAAUUUUGCUCAUUCUUGAAAGCUAAUUUAGAAAUUAUAUUGUUCCUUAAACACUGUGAGAGGAAGUCAGAGGGUCUGUUCAGCCCCGGUAAGCUAUUAAGAUCAAGUGUUAAUAGGGAAUGAUUCAAGUGUGGCGUGAAUCCCAGUGAGCUGGCCAGUUGUCCUGAUGCUGCUGUCUUCCCUCUUCCGGACAGCCUGCUUAUCAAUUUCUGAAACUUAGGGAAAAAAAAUUUUUUUUUUUUUAAGAACAUCAGGAUCUGUCAGAAUCUAAUUAUUUCCUGACUAUUGCACAUAACAUUUUAUGAUUUAGAUGUCACAGUCUUCAUUUCUUUUGGACAGCAUUUGCUUUUCAUGUUCUGAGCAGAGCUAACUACGUUUCACACUGGUGUUGCAGGACGGGUUGGGGAGACCUUAAAAGUGUCGGCAGGCAUUUUUUAUUUUAAUGUCACCAACAUAUUCCCCCAAACUGCCUUGGAGAAUUCAUUGUAUUAAUUCUAAGGCUUUUGAAAUGGCUCUUCCUGGUUAAUGCACAUGCUUAUAUAAGGAUUACAUCUAAAGAGCUUAAAAGUGAUCUAGUUCGGAUAACUAACCAGCAGCUGUUAGACAAAAGGGAAGGUGCUAUGUGCUUCCCAGAUGUUACUGACUUAAAAAAUCAAGUCUGCGCAAAGAAGUGUAUCAUAAUGGCUGCCAAUGAUUUUAUAUUUUAGAAAGAGUUGGUAUAAAAUGCUAAUCCCUUUCUAAUAGGUUCCUAAACAGCAAUGCUGCUGUUUUUAAGGAGUAAUUUUUACUGGUUUUGCUCUUCCUAUAAGACAUCAAAAAAUGACCUAUUUUAAGCGAUAGUAGAGUAUACCAUCCACCCGUGUGUUUCUAGGUCUUCUGCCAAGUGCUUUUUUUCACAGUUGAAUGUUAAUUUCACUAGCAUAUUGAUAUUUUACUUCUUUACCUAUUAGUAACCACUUCAGUGAUCAUUACACAAGUAAAAAUGAAGUAGAGAAAAACAUUUAUCGAACAUUUUUUUGGCUUGGAAACUUUGCUACUAAAAAUUAACUUUGCAAAAGGGUUCACUAUCAACUUCAUAGAGAAAGUAGCUAUAGAGUACCCUGCAUAUUUAUUUAUUUAUUAUUCUACCAUAGCAAAAUAACAAAACAAAACUUGAUUCAUUAAGUCAGUUCUUUGCAACUGAAAAUUAGCUUUUCCUCCUUUCCUUUAACACUUCAUGUAAAUAUCGAUCAGCGUCCCCACUAAAAGGAGGCUGGACAUACAUAAUACAUCAUCUUAUGUUUUCUCCAUAUUUUAAAUGUUUUCCUACAUAUCUGAGUAAAGUGGGAUAAAGAAUUUAAAGUAGUGUUCCUAUGGCAUUAGUGUUUUUUUAAGAAGGGCAGAUGUAGUGAGAGAGGUCUGUUAAUGGCAUCAAUAAAAAGGCCUUCCUAAUGUGUAUAUUAUUUCAUAAACAUUUCAUGGAAGGGGCCAAAAGUUAAAUUAUAACUAAAUCACUGUGUGUUCAGAAUGAUAUUUAACAUUUAAGAACAGCAAACCCGUGGUCAAACCAAAAAUGUGGGUUGAAGUGUAUUUUUCAUCUUCUAGUGCAUUGGCAAUUGCUAAAAAAAAAAAAGUAAGUAAAUAAGUAAGGAAUUUAAUAUAAGGAUAUAGAGAUAAAUUCAAUGUCUAACAUUUUUAUUUAUUUAAAUAGUUAUUGACCUAUGAUGACUUCCUAGUCUUAACAUUUUAUGUCUUUUUGUUGUUCAUGUUCUUCCUUUCACACACUUGGUUCUUAAUAGGUUCGGUGAUUGCACCAGUAGAGGCACUUCAUUUUGACCCAGUUCCCAAGUAGCAUUAAUAAUUGGGCCUGUGUCAUAAAAUGCAUGGAUCUUUAAUAGCUAAAUGUCCCUGACACCUUUCACUACAGGGCUGGGCUUAGUAACUGACCAACGUGGGGGGAGGUUGGGGGGGACUAAAGGUCACGGUCAAAAAAUGUCUCCGCUCAGGGAUUUAUGGUGGAUUAUUGCAGACAGUGCUAAAAAUAUAGAGCACAAGACAAGUUUACUAAAUUAAAGUUUUAUUUUUUGAGAAACUGUUAUUUGUAUAAAUUAUCAAGAUUUGUAGGCUUUCCUUUUGUAGAAAUAAUUGUUUUAUGUGCCAGAGAAUUUCAAUUUUGUUUUCAACAAUAAAGCAUUGAUAACAAACGUGUUGUGUAAACCUUUUUUAAAAUCUAUAGCAACAAAACUUAACGCUGUCAUGGAUUUUAACAGAAAUUGGAGAAAGUUUGAAAAAGGUAGAGAUUGAGAGUCAAACAGAGACACAUCAAGGCUAAUGUAUAAUCAAUACUGUACAAUAAUGUA